AAUCAUUUACAUGUUUCCUCGCCGGCGGGAUUUCCGCAAUAAUAUCAAGUAUGGCGAAAACAUACGACUAUUUGUUUAAAUUACUGUUAAUCGGAGAUUCUGGUGUCGGGAAGACCUGCGUCCUGUUCAGGUUUUCAGAAGACGCCUUCAAUUCAACGUUUAUCUCAACUAUAGGCAUUGAUUUCAAGAUUAGGACAAUAGAGCUUGACGGCAAGAAGAUAAAGUUACAAAUAUGGGACACAGCUGGUCAGGAGCGCUUCCGAACAAUCACAACAGCGUACUACAGAGGAGCAAUGGGCAUCAUGCUCGUCUACGACAUCACCAAUGAAAAAUCCUUUGAGAAUAUCAAGAACUGGAUAAGGAAUAUAGAAGAGCAUGCAUCAGCAGACGUUGAGAAGAUGGUUCUUGGCAACAAAUGUGACAUCAAUGACAAGCGGCAGGUGUCCAAAGAGAGAGGGGAAAAGCUUGCACUAGAGUAUGGAAUAAAGUUCAUGGAGACCAGUGCAAAGUCCAACAUCAACGUGGAAAAUGCGUUUUUGACGCUCGCCAGAGACAUCAAAUCAAAAAUGGACACAAAAUUGGAGGGCAACACACCGCAAGGAAGCAGUCAGGGAGUAAAGAUCUCAGAGCCUCAGAAAAAGACCAGCUUUUUCCGCUGUAGCUUACUCUGAGGAAUGAGGCCUUUCACACUGACUGGACAUAAAUGGACUGUUCUUCCUCUGAGCACUUCCUCCCCCUUUCUCUCCAGCUAUGGUCAGUCCUCUCAGCCCACAUAAGCCAUUAUAUUGUCAGUAAAUGGAGGACUUCCCCUCCUCGCUUCCUCUUCUGAAAGCUUCCAGAGUUGCAUCUUUUCCAUUUUAAGGAUAACUGUUGGCUUCAUGGGUCACAGUGCUCUACUGGUGGAGGACUCAGCCAAGAGCAUUAUCCAGAUGUUCCAUUUCACAGAAAUGAUGGGUUCUUACUCCAGAUGUUAGUCUCUUCAUUAUCCUUGCUCAUAAGUCACACAACUGGUGGCAGAACCAGGGAUGAGAAACCAUUAAUAGCUCGAGGACUGGAUUUUAAAUGUGAUAUUUAGAUCUAUUUUUAAUAGCGCUCUUUCCCUUUUUUUAUGUGACAAAUUUCAACCAGAGGCUGAUGAGCUUGAACUCCUGUGAAACAGAGCUGUACAUUUUCAUUGCAGCAGCUGAGAAUCAUAUCAGUCAAGGGUCAGAGAGAGAAUGGGAUGAAAGAUUUUUCUCUUGAGCUCUGCUCUUGGGUUUGCAUGUUGUCCUUGACAAUCACUUGAUGUGACUGAAAACGAUGACGCCACCAUCAGUGCAUUCACUUCUGUUGAGCAAGUGAUUAAAAGCAAUAUAACAUCUUAAACUACAGUAUAGAUUUUUGUCUCUAUAGAUUGCAUUCUGCUGUCAGAAGCUUGGCUGAACAUUUUAUGUUGGGUGGCAAUAACCUAUGGAAGUGAGAAUGUAAGUACAGUAUUUUGGAGUGUUUCUGGAUGCAGCAAUUAACCACUCUUAAGUUUGGUAUAAUAAGAUUCCCAAAGUUAAUGCUUAAUUUGUAGUUUAAAAUCACAACCUGUUUGAAGCCACUAAAGAUGUCCUCAAGUCUUUAAAUAUUCAGUUUAGAGUCACACGAGGCAGAAAAGCAGCAAAAUAUUUCAUUUGAGAUGCUGAAAUUAUUGGUAUUUAACUUGAAAAUUUAAAACAAAUUUAAAACAGUUUAUUAUUUAAAUUAGUUUCUCUCCACUGGCCAGUCGCCUCAGCUCUGAAGUAAAAUGGAUUCUAUUUGAUGUCUGAAGUUUUUGUAUCAGCUCUACUUCGCAGUCGAGUUUAAUGAUGUCUCUGGUUGUUUGAUGAGCAGUUAAAAUCACUUGAAGUUUCACACUGUAAACCCCUUCUGCCCCUUCCCUGCUAUCAUGCAGCUCUCCUUGCACUUUACCAAUAAAUUAUGGUUUGUGUGUAGUCUGUGCCAAGUGAUAGUUUUGCAAUACAGUGCAGUCAUAAAUUUCUUUUUCUCUUUUGACUCUUGGUAAUAUAAUGGACAUAUAAUAGCAAAAUUUUACAACACCUAAAGGUCUUGAUCUCCUUGGGUAGUUCACAGCGAGUUACUUCAGUAUAUCUGCGCGUUUAAAAAAAAAAUUACUUUUUAAACCUCUGUUUUUGUACUACUGUGCUGCCAACUUGUAGUUUAAAAGUAAUAUUUUAUCGGUUUAAGUAGAGCUGACCUGGCUUGAGCGUAAAGAUGACUCUGGGGUAUUCUGCAUUUUGUCAUAGGUUGGUUUUUCUAUUGUGGACCUUAGAUUUGACUGCUAGGUGGCGCCAGACGCACAGGGUGCGUCUUAGGUGACUGCCAAAACUCAAAUAUUGAUCAGUAUUUUAUUAGGGACAGCUAAUUUGGAGUAUGUGAUGCAAAUAUGUACACUCCACCUGUGUUGAACUUUAAUGUGGAUUCUCAGUCAGUCUCAGUCAGUCUUAGUUUCCAUUGGUUCUACUUUUUAUGCUAGUCUGAAAAUUCCAACAUGCACAGUAUUGAAGGGGAAUAUGUUUCUUCUUCUUCUUCUUGCACCUUCUUAAUAUCAAAUAAUUUGGGACCUCAUGAAUACCAUGGCCAUUUGUCUUAACCACUAGUACUCUGUUCUGUCAUAGUUGAGCUAUGCAUCGUGAAUCAUGGACCUUUGCGUGUUCGUGUAAUGUACUUUUUUUUUUUUCCAGACGUACCUAUAGACCUGUACAGUUGAAUGUAUGGGCUUUUGUUGUUUUUGUUUUGUGUCAUUCACUGAGCCAAAAAAGAGGACACACUGUUUAUUUAAAGCUGCAUUGGUGCAUCAGUGCAGGUCAAAUUGAGCACAAUGGAGUACUGUUGAGCUGAAAGGGUAUAGAUGUUGAAAUGUGAAGACGGUGCUUUUCUUUUUGUUUUUCCGAGUGACUCUGUAGCUUUAAGUCAUAAACAGAAGCAUAGGGAGCAAACUUUUAUGGGACUCAAGCUGUAUCAUUUUUCUUUCCUGAAAUGAUACUUCCUCUUUGAUUUUUGUUUUUAAAUCAUAUCUUUUUCUUAACCUUCAUCCCUUUUUACAGCCAUAUUUUAUUCCAUGUAGUGUGAAGUACACAGGGAGAAUAAUACAUUGGGGGGGUACACACUGUAAAUAUCACUUAAAAAUAGGUUACUUAAAUUGUACUGUACUUUCUAAACCCCUAUAAAAUGUAUCUACAAUUUUGUAGAUAUGUGUACUUUGAUUUAAUAAAAUAAGGCUAUAAAACUCAA